UGCUGCCAGCCAGGGGCGGACAUGUUGGGGCGGCCUGAUAGAGGACAGUACGGCAUUAAUUUCUGAUUUUAUCGGUUAAAGUAGCGGCAAAACAGUCACGGGACAUCAUGGAUGCCGUCAACGCUUUUAAUCACGAGUUAUUUUCUUUGAUGGACUCUAAGCCUCCCAUCUCGAGGGCCAAGAUGAUCGCUAUCACCAAAUCUGCCAUUAAAGCCAUUAAAUUAUACAAGCAUGUUGUCCAAAUUGUUGAAAAAUUCAUAAAGAAGUGCAAGCCUGAGUACAAAGUCCCGGGUCUCUAUGUGGUGGAUUCCAUUGUGAGACAGUCACGGCAUCAGUUUGGAGCGGACAAAGAUGUCUUUGGCCCCAGGUUCACCAAAAACAUCAUGGGAACAUUCGAGAACCUGUGCUUGUGUCCCACAGAGGAUCGGAGUAAGAUAGUACGAGUGUUGAAUCUGUGGCAGAAAAAUGGAGUGUUUAAGAUAGAUGUGAUCCAGCCGCUCUUGGACAUGGCCGCUGGAUCCAGCAGCUCAUCAGGAGUGGACAAUGGUCCUGAUGGGGCAUCUCCACCGUCUCCGGUGAGAGAGCAGGAGCAGAGUCAUCCUGUGGUGUCGUCAAACUCCAUGACAGCAACUGUGCCUCAGCUUCAGAACUCAGAUGCUUUUGCAGCAGUUGCUCAACUGAUUCAAUCCUCUCAAGGACAGAAGCUUCAGCAGAUGCUUCAAAACUUUCAGCCUCCAGGAAAACCUCAGUCUCCAACUGUAGACAAUAACAGGAGUCACAUCCACCUGCAGACUCAGCCAAUGACCGCGACACCAUCUGCCCUUAUACAUCAGCAUCUCCAUCACACACCACAGCAGGUGGAGAAGAAAGCAACUUUCGAUACGACACUUCUGGACCGCUUUGACUAUGAUGAUGAGCCAGAAGCUGGUGAUGAGGGCAAGAAGGACGAAACACCAUCUAUUCAACCCAAUUUAGGAUUUCCUGAACAGCAUCCAGCCAAUCAGUUGCAGCACUUUCAACAACAUAUAAUGGGCAUGUCACAGCACCAGCAGGUUGUUCUGCCAUCAAAUGGACAGGUCCAAGGGUUUGGUCUUAUGACCUCGCAGCCUUUCCCAGGCAUAAUGCCUCCGAUGGGACAGCCACAUGCAGCUUUCCCCCCACAGAACGACACGUUCAACCAGAUCAUGGCUGGACAUCAGCAUCAGGAAAGGCCAACAAAUUCAGACGCAACCGCGAGUCAUUACCCCGAUGACAAGAGGUCAAGGUCACGCUCAGGAUCAAGGUCUCCUAAAAGGAGAAGGUCUCGUUCAAAUUCCCGUGGCAGACGAAUGCGGCACCGCCGAUCUCGAUCCCGUUCACGAGAGCGCCGGCGUCAGUCACCUCGCUCGCGUUCUCAGGAAAGGAGAGAUAGGGAUAGGGAACGAGAGCGGCGGCAGAAAGGCCUUCCGGCUGUAAAGAACAACACUCUCAGUGUAUGCAGUACAACAUUAUGGGUGGGGCAGCUGGAUAAAAGGACACAACAGCAGGAUGUGGCUUGUCUACUAGAGGAGUUUGGUCAGAUAGAUUCAAUUAAUAUGAUUCCCCCUCGUGGUUGUGCCUACAUCGUCAUGGUCCAUCGUCAAGAUGCCUACCGAGCUCUGCAGAAGCUUAGCAGAGGUCCAAACAAAGUCAACCAGAAAGCCAUUAAAAUUGCCUGGGCUUUAAAUAAGGGCAUUAAAGCUGAGUUCAAGCAGUACUGGGAUGUGGAGUUGGGUGUGACCUACAUACCCUGGUCCAAAAUCAAACAGGAAGACCUGGAUGUGUUCAAAGAAGGAGGAAUGCUAGACCCUGAUUCUCUCCCACCAGAGUGGAGAGACUCUCAGAGCGAACUAGAGAAAGCCGAGGAGUCUCAGAAUGGGAGACCUGAGGUGAGGAAAAUGGAAGAGACGUCUGCAGUGAUACCUAUGCAGAACCAGGUUCCUCCUGUACAACCAGUCGGGGUCCCACCGCCGGGAUUCUCAGGACACAUGAAUAUGCCACCCCCAUCAUUCCCACCAGGUGUUCCCCCGCCUCCAGGCCCCUUUAUACGGCCAGGCUUUAACCCUAUGCAGAUGCCACCAGGAUUUCUUCCUCCGGGUGCCAUGCCUCCUCUGGGCACCGCUGGGCCUCCUCCACCUUCAGCAGGGAUCAAGAUGCCUGCAGUUGGCGGCUCAGUUGAAGACCUGUCAAGUGAUCCUGCAAGAAUCAACAAUGACGGAACAGAUGGCUUCAACUCAGGAAACCAGGUACCUCCUGGAGGUCCACCGGGGAUGGGCAUGCAAUCACCCCCUGGUCUUUUAGGUUCAAGGCCAGGUUUGAUACCUUUACAGCGGCCCCCAGGGAUGCCACCCCCACACAUGCAACGCUUCUCCAUUCCACCUCCUCGGCCUGGCAUGCCACCCAUGCCCCCACAGAUGAUGCCACCCAGAGGUCCACCUCAGAUGAUGCACCGUGAGCCUCCACCCAGGGGCUUUGGCAUGCCACCUCAUCCCCACGGCAUCAGGGGCCACUUCCCUCCCCCUGGACCACCCUUUAUGAGACCUGGCGGUCCGAGACCGGACGGGCCGAAUGACCACGAGGGAAGGCCGUUCAGGGGCGAGCACUCUGGUCUAGGGAGAGGCAGAGAUAGGGAGCAAGACUGGUUUGGAGGGCGUCGUCCAUUUGGGGAAGGUCACGGCGGGGAGAGGUCAGAAGGUCGAGAACGGUUUGGGGGCUGGCAUGAAGAGCCGGAAAAACAGGGUGGGUGGGAAAGAGAGCGGGAACGAAGAGAUUGGAGGCGGAGUCCGGAAGGAGAGAGGGAUCGAGGGAGGGACGGUGGUGAGGAGCGAAGCAGACGCUCAGGCAGAGAACCAGGGACUCGAGAGAGAAGCACACGUUGGGAUAAAGACGAUAGACUCGAUCGACUGGGCAAUGUUGGGGAAGAACCCAGUGAAAAACUUCGAGAGCCGACGAAUAUCAACGAGCCCAACGCAAACUCUGCUAAAGAACUUCCUGAAGCCAUAGCAGACUCAAAAGCUUCCGAACCUAUAGGAGAUAAGAAAUCUGUCCAACAAACACAUACAGAAGAGUCAUAAAAGGCUCUAAAUAUAUGUUAAGUGUCCCUGAGUCGAAGACCUUAUAAGCGGUUCCCAUGUCAGUGCUAAUCCUCAAUACUGAUGGCUGUAAAAAGAAACAACUAAGCAGCGUUACUACACCUGUUUGGAUGCUUUAUACGUGUGAUGCUUGGUUUUUCUGCACAAACCAAGAUUUUCAGAAGUUAAUUUUAUUACGCCGUCUUUGGCAAACGUGGAGCGUUGCCUUGUGAAUUAUUGUCCCACCUCAAUGAAGCUUGAAUGUUGUAUUAAAACAGAAGAAAAAAAGCGAUUAACGAAAUUCUGCUGUAAAUAUGCUAACAUUACUCAAAAAUAUUUGUAGGUUUGACCUUUUUUCUCCAAUUGAAUCCCUUUAGUUUCAAUAAUGGAAAGAUUGACUAAAAUAUGAUAUUAAGACCCCUUUGCUGUAAUGUUUUUAACUUAAUGUUUACGAUGGACAAGAAAUAAGAUGUUUUUAUAAUUGUUUCUGGAGGUAGGAACCUCAAAUAUUUCAGCGAUAGGGAUUUGGUUUUAAUAAAAUAUUUUCAUACCAAAUGAA